AUGAAAUUGAUAUGUUAUUCGUUUUCAGAGAAAACUCGAAGAAUUCGAGCUAAUGAUCAUCAUAUCAAUGCUAUGGAAGGAUUUGCCAGAAGGCAUCGAAGUGAUAAUCAAAUAAAUAAUCGUGAAACAAAAACAGUAGUUGAACAUGAAUUAGUCACUAGAAAGUGGAAAGAUAUUAAAGUUGGUGAUAUGGUACGAUUAGAAAAUAAUGAGUUUAUUACUGCUGAUAUUGUUCUUAUAUCAACUAGUGAACAUAAUGGUCUUUGUUAUAUUGAAACAGCUGAAUUAGAUGGAGAAACAAAUCUUAAAAAACGUUUCAUUGGUCUAUUGUAUUUAGAAUAUAAUGACAUUAAAUGUUCAAUACAAGGCAAACUGUAUGGUUAUGUGAUGGAUGAAGUUGGCAAUGAAAUACAAGAUCUUGAAAAACUUGCAAUGGAUGGCUUACGUAAACUUUGUUUAGCAUAUAAAGAAUUGAAUGAGACCGAUUACAAACGAUGGGCUCAAAGAUUACAUGCUGCAAAUCUAGAAAUUAUACGUUUGAUACAAUCGAAAUGGAUUGAUUGGGAUAAUAAAAUGUAUUAUGAACCAAAUAAUGUACAAGCACAAGCUCGAACAACAACAUUAAAUGAAGAAUUAGGACAAAUUCAAUAUGUUUUCUCGGAUAAAACAGGAACAUUGACACAGAAUAUAAUGACAUUUAAUAAAUGUUCGGUACGAGGCAAACUUUACGGUUAUGUGAUGGAUGAAGCUGGUAAUGAAGUACAAGAUCUCGCGAAAUUAAAAGCCAUUGACUUUCAAGAAAAAGAUAGUGAUUUUGAAUGGUAUGAUAAAAAGUUACUGGAUGCUAUAGAACAAAAUGACAACGAUGUACAUAAUUUUUUUACAUUAUUGUCUCUUUGUCAUACAGUUAUGUCUGAAGAGAGAAAUGGAGAAAUUAUUUAUCAAGCACAAUCACCAGAUGACCAUGCACUUGUUUCUGCGUCGCGUACAUUUGGCUUUACAUUUAUUAAACUUGCAACGGAUGGUUUACGUAUACUUUGUUUAGCAUAUAAAGAAUUGAGCGAAAGUGAUUAUAAUAGAUGGACUCAAAAAUUACAUGCAGCAAAAACAAGUAUGGAAAAACGAGAUGAAAAAGUCAAGGAUGCCUAUGAAGAAAUUGAAAAAAAUCUCAUAUUAAUUGGUGCUACAGGUAUUGAAGAUAAACUGCAAGAUGGUGUACCUCAAUGUAUUGAGCGUUUAGCAUGUGCUGGUAUUAAAAUUUGGGUUUUAACUGGCGAUAAACUUGAAACUGCUCGAAAUAUUGGUUUAUCAUGCCGUUUAUUAACAAAUGACAUGGAACUCUAUGUUAUUGAAGAGGAGAAUGAAAACGCUGUAGAAAGAAAAUUACAAGAAGUUCGAAAUGAAAUGAUUAACAAAAUUGAACAAUUGUUUUAUGUUUGUAUUGAGGAUAAAAAUAAAAGACUUGAUUGGAAAGAUUGGGGAAUUGAUGUUAUGAAAUUUCAUCAAUAUAGAAAACCUUAUUAUCAAAGUCAUAGUGAAGCACAACGUCUAAAUGGUCAUGCAAUGACAACAAUUGAUACAAAUCAACAAGAUGAUGAAGAAUUUGAAGGUUUCGGUUUGUUAAUUACAGGUCAAGCAUUAACAUUUGCAUUAAGUGAAAAAUUUAAAAUGAAAUUUCUUGAAAUCGGUACAAUGUGUAAAGCUGUUGUGUGUUGUCGUGCAACACCAUUGCAAAAAGCUCAAGUUGUUGAUUUGGUUAUGAAAAAUGAGAGAAAAAUUACUUUAGCGAUUGGUGAUGGUGCUAAUGAUGUAUCAAUGAUACAAAAGGCACAUAUCGGUGUUGGUAUUAGUGGACAAGAAGGUCGACAAGCCGUACUAGCAAGUGAUUAUAGUUUGGGUCAAUUUCGUUUUCUUGAAAGAUUAUUACUUGUUCAUGGUCGUUGGUCAUAUUUACGGAUUUCAAAAUUUUUACGUUAUUUUUUCUAUAAAAAUAUUGCAUUUACAUUGUGCCAUUUUUGGCUUGGAUUUUUUUCGGGGUUUUCAGCACAAACAUUAUAUGAUCCAUUCUUCAUAGCAACAUACAAUGUUUUUUUUACAUCAUUGCCUGUUCUAGUAUUAGGUGUUUUUGAUCAAGAUAUUAGUGCUGAUCAUUCUUUAAGUAAACCGCAUUUAUAUACACCUGGCCAAAAUGAUGAAUUUUUUAAUAAAAAAGUCUUUGCUGAAAGUGUUAUACAUGGUAUAUUAACAUCAUGUAUCAUAUUUUUUGUACCGUAUUUAUCUAUAUCAAAUGCUACACGAUCAGAUGGAAUGACACUAGCUGAUUUACAAUCAUUUGGUUUUACAGUUGCAACAAUAAUGGUUAUUAUUGUUAAUUUAGAAAAUGCACUUGAAAUAUGGUAUUGGACUAGUUUAUAUCAUUUCGCUUUAUGGGCUACAAUAGUAACACAUUUUCUAUUUCAUUUUGCAUUAUAUUCAACAAUAAUUGGAAAAAUUUUCAAAAAUAAUUAUAAAUAUAUUGGUGUAACACAAGCUGUUUUAUCGACGAGCAAUUUUUGGUUUACAUUACUUCUUACAUGUGUUAUAUUACUAUUACCGGUAUUUGGUCGAGAAUUUUUUCGCAUGCGAUUUAUGCCAACUAAAAUUGAUCGUGCUCGAUUAAAUCAGAAAUUUCGCAUGGAAGAAAAAGCAGCAUUUGUUGCACAUAUGCAAUAUAAACUUCGUCAAAGAAAACGACCGAUUUACUCAGGUUAUGCUUAUUCGCAGGAAGAAGGUUGGGGUCGACUAAUUACUUCUGGACUAAUGCAAUCAAAAUCUAGUUCAUCUCCUCGACCAUCAUCACAAACGACAAAUGUAAGUACAAGUGAAAUUUUAGUUUAUAUGUCUCUUUUUUUCCACCUUUAA